GUCCGGAGUGGGCGGGAGGACAGAGCCCUCGGAAGCGGCGCCGAGGCCAGAACGGCUGCGGGUCUCUGGCCUGGGUCAGUGACGAGCCCUGGGACCCGGUUGGGCCCGGCCUGGUGCUCCCAUCGGCAUCCAACGUGCGCCUCUCGGGAAACGACACCCGACUAGGUCCCUGCCCCUGGCUUCUGGAUGUACCCGGCAGGUUUUCUAUCAGAUGAUCGAUCCAUCGUAAUAAUGCUGGAGUUAAGAAGUCUCCAUUCCUUUGCUUGGAAUCAGAAGACUUUUUCCCCUGCAUAUAGAGUAGGAGUAAUGUUGGUUAGAAACUGGCUGGUGUUUAAAACUGAAGAUUGUCAUGACUGUUUAACCUAAGCUCCAUGCUGAAGUAAGAUUAAUUGUCUUGGAAAUACUAAAUUGGGGUAACCCAAAUCUGGUUCUGGAACCAUGAAAAUUUUGUUGGUUUUUGACUUUGACAAUACAAUCAUAGAUGAUAAUAGCGAUACCUGGAUUGUACAGUGUGCUCCAGAGAAAAAGCUUCCUAUUGAACUACAAGAUUCUUAUGAAAAAGGAUUUUGGACAGAAUUUAUGGGCAGAGUCUUUAAGUAUUUGGGAGAUAAAGGUGUAAGAGAAGAUGAAAUGAAAAGAGCAAUGAUAUCAAUGCCUUUCACUCCAGGGAUGGUGGAACUUUUAAACUUUAUAAGAAAGAACAAGGAUAAAUUUGACUGCAUCAUUAUUUCAGAUUCAAAUUCAGUCUUCAUAGAUUGGGUUUUAGAAGCUAGCAAUGUUCAUGACGUGUUUGAUAAAGUCUUUACAAAUCCAGCAGCUUUUGACAGCGAUGGCCAUCUCACUGUGGAAAAUUAUCAUGCUCAUUCUUGCACUAGGUGCCCCCCAAAUCUUUGCAAAAAUGUAGUUUUGGUAGAAUUUGUAGGUAAACAGUUACAACGAGGAGUGAAUUAUACACGAAUUGUUUAUAUAGGUGAUGGCGGAAACGAUGUCUGUCCAGUAACCUUUUUAAAGAAGAAUGAUGUUGCCAUGCCACGGAAAGGAUAUACUUUACAGAAAACUCUUUCUAAGAUGUCUCAAAAUCUUGAGCCUAUGGAGUCUUCUGUUGUAUCUUGGUCUUCAGGUGUUGAAAUAAUUUCUCAUUUACAAUUUCUAAUAAAGGAGUAAUACGCCAAUAAUUGAAAUGUGUAUCAGUUAAGAUUAAAUACAGCAGCAUAAAACUAAAACCCCAAAUAACAGUGGCUUUAAAAAAAGAAAAAGUUUUCCAUCUCACUUAAAAGAAUUUCAGAGUUAAGUAUCUCAAAGUUUCUGUGUUGCUUUACCAACCUCAGCACUUGACUUCCAACUUAUGAUCCAAGAUUGCUGUUCAAGCUCCUUCCCUCACAUCAACUUUCUGGCCAGCAAGGAGGACAGUGAGAGAGAAGGUUGCACCCUCAUUUAAAUUUCACUGGCCAAUACAUUGUCACAAUGCUCCUUCCUAACUGCAAGGAAGGAUGAAAAAUAUAGCUUUUAUUUCAGAUGGUCAUAUUCAUAAACAGGCCUUUGAAGGCCUGUUUGCUUCUGAAUCACUCUUACUCAUGAUGGACAGCCUUUUGGGAUCCUAUUCAAAGUAAGGGGAAGGGUUUAUCACUGCAGGCCUCAUACUCCAAUACCUCUUCACCUGGGUCCCACGAAGACUGUCAAGAUAGCCACUCAGUAUGUCAGAUACCACUUACAGAAUUGGCCAACCCUUUCACGGAAAAGAAGCUCACCUACCUAAGUUUCUGUGCUUCCUUAGCCGACAGUUAUUGUCAGCUCUCUCAUGUCUUUAAGCAGAUACUUUAAAAAUUGUGUUCAGCUAUCAGCUUUUCCCGAUGUACUCUGUAGAAGAUCUGGUCCAAAUUACUUGAUCUACAACUACUAAAAAUGAAAGUAGUAUUUUUUUUUUCUUGCAUAAUUUAUAAUUUGUUACUUGCCUCAACUUGUAGAGAAAUCACAAUGUAUAAGAGUGUUUCAUAAAUAAAAUUUAAAAAAAGAGUAAGUGUUUCAACGUAAUCUAGCCUGUUAAUUUAAAGCAAAACAAAGUUUACUUUUUCAACCUGGAGAAAAAUAGAGUACCAAUUUUUUUCCCAUAAAAUUACAUUGAACAUUUUUAUUUCUGGAGCUUUCUAUAUGGAAAAGAAAAUCCUAACAUUAUUACGUAAGGGAUAUUUAUGCCUAAAACAUGUGAGCCUAGAAAUUAACACAGUACUGUACAACUUUCUAGGUCAGCUGAUAUUUUUCUAAUAUCCCUAUAUGAAACAGUUUCUUAAAUGUUGAGUAUUCCUACAAGCUAUAUAUUGUAUCACUCAAUAUUUCAUUGCCAAACAGAAAUAACAUACUGAUUAAAUCAGCAUUCUGGAGUUACAGUCUGUAAUAAUGAUAUAAAUUUAAAAUACUUGAAGAACAUUAAUUUGUAUUUCAUUUCAAAAGGAAAGUGUGAAAUUAAUGAACACUUGGGCAAUAGAUACUGCAUCCCUAUCUCUAAAAUUAACUGAUUUGGAAGUAGUGUAUUCUUAUGUGAACUAAGCAUUAGGCUUAUUUUAAAGAUCUGUAACUGCUAGACAUACUUCGGAAAUAAAUACCAAAGAAAGUAAAAUAUAAGACUAAUCUCUCGGGGAAUAAAUUUAAAAAUAUAAUCUACCUAUUAACCAUUUUUGGUAGAGUCCACUAGUUGCACUUACCUCAAUUUUGUACUCUACUUCUUUCCAUUUUUCCCAGGCAUAUGACCAUCUGAAAUAAAAGCUAUAUUUUUCAUCCUUCCUUGCAGUUAGGAAGGAGCAUUGUGACUAAGUAUUGGCCAGUGAAAUUUAAAUGAGGGUGCAACCUUCUCUCUCACUGUCCUCCUUGCUGGCCAGAAAGUUGAUGUGAGGGAAGGAGCUUGAACAGGCAGCUCACCUUUGAAUACUCUCAAUCCCUGAAAUUGGACUGAAGUUAUCUAAGAUUUUUAGAACUCCAAGGUGCUUGACUAAAGCAAAUCUGAACUCUCUUAGAGGAAGUUAAUAUCCUUAGUAUGGUGGGCAGACUCUAAGGUAACCCCCCAUGAUCCCUAUAAGCUCGUAUUCUCUGUGUGUGUGGGGGGGGAGUGUAUGUGUGGAGAAGGUGAUCUAGGACUUGCUUCUAAUUAAUGCAAUACCACAAAGAUGAUGGGAUGUAUCAUUUAUGUGUAUAUGAUUAUAUUACAUCAGAUCCUUAUGCCCAUCUUGUUAGGGAACUCUCUCCCUUGCUAAUUUUAAAGAAGCAAGCUGCCAUGUUGUGAACUGGCCUUCAGAGAGGGCCACAUGGCAAGCAACUGAGGGUGGUCUCUAGCCAAAAGCAAGAAGUAGGUCCUUGGUCCAACAGUCUGCAGGGAACUGAAUACUGCAACCAUGUAAGUUUGGAAGUGGAUCCUUUCAUAGUGGAACCUCAGCUGAGAUCACAGCUCAGGCUGACACCUUGAUUUAGCCUUGUAAGACCCUGAAACAGAGGCCCUUUGAGCUGUGCUUGCACUCUUAACCCACGGAACCUAUGAGAUAAUAAAUGUCUGUUUGAAGAUGCUAAGUUUGUGGUAAAACUGUUAGCAGCAAUAGAAAAUUAAUGCAAUAGGCCUCAAAAUCUAAACAGUUUUGUAAGUACAUUGUAAAGCACAUAGGAAAAAGUAGCUACACCAAGAGAUAUAAAUGAACACCAGCAGAAGUUUUUAUUUAAAUAGAUCUGCAUGACCUCCAAGUAUUGGAGUUUACAGACACAAACUAAACUUAUGAGAAUUUUGGCAAAGAACUGAAAAUUACAUAAACAAUAUGGAAAUACUAGAACUGAAAAAUAACAUGACUGAAAUUAGAAUCUUAAUGGAUGGAUUUGACAAUAGGCAUAGCUGAAGAGAGUUAGUGAAUAAACACAAGUUCAAAGAAAAUAUCCAGAAUAAUGCAGAAAGAGACAAAACUGAAAAUACAGAAGAGAAAUUAAGACAUAGAAGAUAUAGCAAGAUCUAACAUAGGAAAUUGGUAUCCCAGAAAGAGAGGAGAAAGAAAAUGAAACAAGCAAUAUUUUAAGAGAGAAUGAGAACGUUACAAAGUUGCCGAAAUACAUCAAACCACAGAUUCAAGAGCCCUCAUGAACCCCAAACAGGAAAAUAAAAUGAAAACCGCAUGAAAUCACAUUCUUGUAAAACUGCCAAUAACCAAUGAUGGAAAAAGCAUCAGAUAGCUAGAGGGAAAAAAAAAAAGAUGACAUUGAAAGGAGCAACAAUUAAACUAACAGCUGAUAUUAUUUUUUUCUUAAAUGUUUGAUAGAAUUCAAGGACGCCAUCUAAGCCCGGAGUUUUCUUUGCUGGACGGUUUUAACUACUAGUUUGAUUUCUUUUGUAGAUUAUAGGUAAAGGUUGUAUAGUUUUCUUGAGUAAGCUUUGGUAGUUUGUGACUGUAUUUGUUAUCUCUUGCUGCAUAGUAAGUUACCUGAGAAUUUAACAGCUUAAAACUAAGCAUUCAUUAUCUCACAGUUUCUGUGGCUCAGGAAUUGAAGAGCCCUUAACUGGAUUGUUCUGGCUCAGGAUCUCUAAUAGGGCAAGAUGUCAGCUAGGGCUCUAGUCAUACGAAAGCUUGACUAGAGCUGAAGGCUCUGCUUGCAAGGUGGCUGACUCACAUGGCUUUUGGCAGGAGACCUCAGUUCCUCACUGAUUGUUAUCAGGAAUCUCAAUUUGCUGCUGAUUGCUGGCAGGAGGCCUCAAUUUCCAACCACAUGGGCAUCUCUAGAGAGUUGCUUGAAUGUCCUGAAGACAUGGUUUCCUGCCAAGUGACCAAUCCAAGAGAGAGGGCAAAGAGGAAACCAUGAUGCCUUAGUGACCUAGUCUCAGAAAUCAAACACCAUCCAUUCCACUAUAUUCUAUUUGUAUUCUAAAACAGAAUACAGGGACUUCCCUGGCGGUCCAGUGGUUAAGACUUCGCCUUCCAAUGCAGGGGGUGUGGGUUCGAUCCCCAGUUGGGUAGCUAAGAUACCACAUGGCUCGCAGCCAAAAAACCAAAACAUAAAA